GUACGAGAGAACCCGGUGAGAGAGCAGAGUCACCUCGUGGUUGCAAUGAACUUGAACAAUUUCCUUAGCGGUUGUUUGUCUCUGCCUAAGUAGUGCUUUCACGGAUUUCCGUUUUGUGUUCUUUGCCGUUGUAGAAGGAAGAGGUUGCCGGUCGGCAGUGUUCCAAUCAAAAUUAAUUCGAAUUUCAGCUACCUUAAACAACAGUAACAGCACCCAGAUUUGUCCAGACAUGACAUUUAAAGGUGGAAACAGUCAUUUUGGAAGUUACAGAAGAAGAGGUGGAACUGAAACUGGCAACAGUUGGAGAGGCAAUGAAAGAAAUAUAAAAGGCUAUGAUGCAAAGAAGGAACCAGGAGGAAAUCUGUAUAAGCAAAAAUGGGACCUAUCAAAGUUGCGUCCAUUUACCAAGGACUUGUACCAGCCUGAUGCAGCUGUAGAAAACAGACCUAAGGUUGAAGUUGAGGAAUUCAGAGCUACACACCAAAUUACAGUGAAGGGAGAUGCACCAAAUCCUAUUCAAUGCUUUGAGGAAGUAAACUUCCCUGAAUAUGUGGUAGAUGAAAUCAGAAAGUCUGGAUUUGAAACACCUACAGCUAUCCAGUGUCAGGGCUGGCCAAUUGCCAUGAGUGGUCAUGAUAUGGUGGGAAUAGCUCAGACUGGCUCAGGGAAGACAUUGGCUUACAUAUUGCCAGCCACUGUUCAUAUCAACAAUCAGGAGCAGCUGUCGAGAGGAGAUGGUCCCAUUGCACUGGUCCUAGCUCCAACCCGGGAGCUUGCCCAGCAGAUUCAGACAAUUACCCAAGCGUUUGGCUCUUCAUCAUACAUUCGAAACACAUGCAUCUUUGGAGGAGCCCCCAAAGGACCACAGGCACGAGAUUUGGAGCGUGGAGUAGAGAUAUGUAUUGCAACUCCAGGUCGCUUGAUUGACUUUCUGGAGAGAGGAACAACCAACCUGAAGCGCUGUACUUAUUUGGUUGUUGAUGAGGCGGACAGGAUGCUUGACAUGGGGUUUGAACCACAGAUACGGAAAAUUAUUGAACAAAUACGGCCAGAUCGGCAGACACUGAUGUGGUCAGCCACAUGGCCAAAGGAAGUGCGCAAUCUAGCAGAGGAGUUUCUCAACAACUAUGUGCAAGUGAAUGUUGGGUCCUUGCAGUUAGCAGCCAACCACAACAUAAUGCAGAUUGUGGAUGUUUGUGAGGAGCACGAGAAAGAGCAGAAAUUGGCCACACUGCUAGAUGAAAUUGCGUCAGAAGAAGAAAACAAGACCAUCAUAUUUGUUGAGACGAAGAAGAAAGUUGAAAACAUUACUAGGAGCAUUCGGCGUUAUGGGUACCCAGCAGUGUGUAUGCAUGGUGACAAGUCACAGCACGAGAGGGACUAUGUUCUCAGAGAGUUCAGAAAUGGGAAGUCCCCUAUCCUGGUUGCAACAGAUGUAGCAGCACGAGGUCUAGAUGUGGAUGGGAUCAAGUAUGUGAUCAACUUUGAUUACCCGAACUCGUCUGAAGAUUACAUCCACCGCAUCGGUCGCACUGGCCGCCGCAAUACAACUGGGACUUCUUAUGCGUUCUUUACCCCAAAUAACAGUAGGCAAGCCAAGGAUCUGGUUUCAGUGCUUCGAGAGGCAAAUCAGGAGGUUAACCCUAAACUGGAUGAGCUGGCCAGGCAAGGCGGUGGAGGAUAUGGAAAAAGAAGUGGUGGACGUUGGGGGUAUGGAAGCUAUGGUCGUGGUCGAGAGAAUUACAGUGGUGGAAUGAAGAACGCACACAAAAGGUUUGACAGCAGCAGCUACUCAGUUCGCAGUUGAUGCAGAUUAGUGAUCUUAUUCGAAGAAGAAAUGGGUCCAGUAACUAAUUUAUUAAUAUCAUCUGCUAGAUCCUAGAAAUGCAUUUGACUGCUGUCACAAAUAAUUAAUGUCCCUUUCUUGACAGUAUUACUUUCACUAUCAAGGUCUGGUUUAUUGGCCAGUGACACAGUUCACUACAGUGGCAUUUUCUAUCAUUCCAAUGUAUUAUGAAAGAGUGCAUUAAAAACAUUUGUAAACUGAAAAA